AUGGCGUCCAAAAAGCAAACAAAGGAAGCCAUCAAGAUCCAGGCCUGGUGGCGGGGCACCCUGGUGCGCCGGACACUGCAGCAUGCAGCCCUCAGGGCAUGGAUCAUUCAGUGCUGGUGGCGGACGAUACUUAUGCGGGUGGCAGAGAGGAAGCGACGGACSGCACUGAUUGACUUUGCAUGCAGAGAGAGAGCAGUGGUCAAGCUCCAGUCUUUGAUUCGCAUGUGGCGCAUCCACUGGCGAUACUGCCAGGUGCUCAAUGCCAUUUAUGUCAUUCAGUGCCAUUGGCAAUGCCACAACUGCCAGACAUGUGCUUCCCUCCGGGGCCACUGUGUGAUCACCUCCACUCACCUGCAGUUCCACAUUGAGAUCAUCAACAACUAG